AUGGAGGAUCCGAGCGCGAAACACGCCAGACGCCCGAGGCACAAGACCAAAGAGAACAAAUACGAAUACAGGGACGUCUCGACGAAGAGUGCAAAGAAGCGACUGUCCAAGAACGUUAUCAGGAAGACGCCCGGCGCCACCUUGACCGAAGACUUCCAUGCGCCAAACGUGGCCGCUGAGAGAUUGACCCUACGGUCUACUGGACCAGGCUUCUUACUCAAAGGGAAGUCUUCCGGCAGUCCGGAAUGGAGGGGGUUGCCAGACCUCACAUUCUCGGAAAUGACAUUUCUGAAGCGAAAGAGAAAGGACGAGAAUGACAAAACAGGAGAGUCACAUGUGAAGAAGAAACACCGUAGGCCACCCGGUUCAGAAAUAUCGGCCUUCUUCUCACGGCCAGAAGAUCAGCAUCAUCAAGCGACGUCCCUUCCGAAGCGGUCCUCGAUUGGAUCGUACGUCUCCUGGUCUAUGUCCCCGGCUCGGUGCUGUCCAAUGCCCAUGCGGCAGCGAUCGAGUUUGGUUGCACAGCCUGUGGAAAAGGGGGCCCGGCAUGAGGUCGUAGGCGAUAACAUGGGCGUUGGCUGGUCUGCUUGUUCUGAUAGCGCUCUCACCGACCGCCUUUUCAAGGAUAUCACGACUGACGCGCUGCUGUGCGGCGUCAACACAUUUGCACAUAGGGAAAAAAGGUAUUAUUCGUUGGAAGAUCUGAAAAUGCUAGCUGAGCCUCCUACGGCUGAGUCUCGCCGCGGCCCGAAGGCUCUGUAUGGGUUCGAUAUCAUGCCAAAGGUCGACAGUACAGUCACCUCCCCUCGUUCAGCCGGAGGCGAAGAGGUCAACUCGGCCCGCAGAUCCCCAGAGCUUUUAGCCCAUGCCGACAACCACCAUGUCAGACAGAAUACCGAAUGUUUGGAGCCCGAGCCUCUAUUGGCAGAAGAUCCGACUGUUGUCGGGCCUGCCAAGCAACGGAAAGCAGUUCUGGGAGCCAUCUCACCAUUACCCAGUGAUAUGGACGACUUCGAUAGGAACCUCUGGCGGCACUGGAUUGGCAGCUCUGUUCGAUCGGAAACGAAAUUGGGGCUCGACGACGAUACAUCUUCACACGGAUAUAGCUUCAGUAGACCAUCGCCUCGGGUCGUGAGCAAUUACUGGGCCCGGCCGAUCCCGGGCAUUGACGAAGAUCAACAGGUGGGAUCUGGCUCUUUUGGAACAGGUUACCUGCAUGAGGUAGCGACUAAGAGUAAUAUCCCUCAACAACACCCACGAUCUCUUAAAGUAACUCAUCAUGUGGUUGAAGAUCCUUUAGUGGGAUUCUCGGGGUUCUCUCGGAGACAGAUUCUAUAUUGA